AUGGAGUCUUCACAUCCCAUAUCAGAAGACAUAGGAUUGCAGCAAGAAUUAGAAACAAGACCAGCCCAGAUAAAUACCAGAACAACUAUUGAACAGCAGGAGGAACAAGCAGAACCUCAGGCUAUUGCGCACGAUGUUGAAACUGGAGAAGCCAUUCUUAUUGAACGUUCAAGAAGCAACUUCUCAUAUAAUGGAAACGAGCUUCGACAAAGAAAUGUUAUAAACAAAGAAACUAUCAAGGCAGCACCGACAAGAACCACAGCAACUACAAUCACAGACAAUUACAAAGAUGAUUCAAAUCAUAAUGGUGGGGGAUUUUACGAAUGCAAUAUUUGUUUCGAUACAGCUAUUCAUCCCGUGUUGACACUUUGUGGACAUCUAUUCUGUUGGUCUUGUCUUGCUCAAUGGCUGAAUGCACAGUCAAGAAACCCUACGUGUCCAGUUUGUAAAGCAGGAUGUGGAAAAGACAAGGUGAUCCCAAUUUAUGGUCGUGGCAAAGAGGAGAAGGAUCCAAGAAACGACCCAUCCAUCCCCACUCGACCAGCAGGACAGCGACCACCACCUAUCCGUGAUCCCAACAGGCCAGCUACAUCAUUUUUUGGACAGCCAUUUGGAAACAAUGCCUUCAAUAGAGGUGGCAUGUCUAUAUCUGCUGGAUUUGGCUUCUUUCCUCUGGGUGUAACGUUUGUAAGUAAUAUUCCUACUGGCUCCAACAACAAUGCUCAAACCCCACAAGGUGCCUUCAUGUCGAGAUUAGUGAUGAUGUUGUUAAGUUUAUUAGUAAUUGCCAUUAUUUUUGCAUAG